AUGCCAAGCGAAUCCCGCGACAGACGGGAGCGUGAUCGCGAUCGCGCACGCGAAGAACGCUCACGCCGCCGAGACCAAGAUCGAGACCGCGAGUACAUCCGCGGCCGCUACGAAGAUGAAGGCGCAACAUCCAGCCCCAACGGGCGCGCCGGGAAAUACCGUUUCCGCGGGGAACUAGGCUACGAGUCGAAUUCACAUAACGAGCGCGAUGAUUACGACGAGGAGCGUGAGCGGCGCAGGGAACGGAGACGCAGACGGAGGGAGGAGGAAGAGCGACUUGUUGAGUCUGGGGAGAGGAGACGUGAACGGGAGAGGGGGAAUUCUAGGGUGAAGGAGUCGUCUGCGCCUAAACGGGAUCGAGAGAGGAGGUAUCGCAGGGAGGAGAGUGCGAGUGCGAGUCCCGCUAGGGAGAGGCGGAGGGAGGUUGAUGUUGAUGCUGAGGCUGAGGCACGCAGACGGAGACGGCGUGAAAGAGAAAGGGAAAGGGAAAGGGAGCGCCAGCGGGAAAUCGAUGCUGCUGCGGCACCGAGGAAACAUCGCAGUACUGAGUCGUCUAGUAGUGCUGCGCAUCUUUUGAGUGUGGAUGCUAUGGCGCGUCUUGCCGCUGAGCAUGAGUAUGCAGAUCGCAUGGAGCAGACUCGUGGACGAGAUGAUACGCGUCGAGAACGGGAGAAUCGACGACAGCGGAAGCGAGCUGCGUUGGAUGACUAUGAUGGUGCCGACGUUGCGCCGGGUCGCUCACGCCAUAAAGCGGGUGCGCGAGUUGUGUCUGGUGCUUAUUUAGAAGAAGGACAUAGCUCUGAUGCCCGGGUUCGUCGUCGUGGCGGUGGUGGACCUGCUAUGGAAGAGCAUUGGAAAGAUGAAGAUAGCUGGGAGGGGAGCUUGGAGAGCAGACCACCGGCUUGGAAAUUUUGGUCUAAUUGGUCCAGGAAGAAACGUAUAUGGGUUGGAUGUCUGCUGGCGGUGAUCCUCUUGCUCGCCAUCAUUAUCCCGGUAGCACUUGUUGUGUCAAAAAAGAAAGGCUCGGAUUCAAAACCGAGUUCAUCGGAUUCCGAUGACAGUUCUCCUACUUCUAACUUGGACAGUAUCAGCCGUGACAGCAUACCUAGUUACGCCAAGGGCACCGUCUUGGAUCCAUUUACGUGGUACGAGACCAAAGGUUUCAACCUCACUUUCACAAAUGCCACUGUUGGCGGCCUUUCCGUCAUGGGCAUCGACUCGAAGUGGGAUGACUCUGCCCGGCCGAACGACAAUGUGCCUCCUCUUAACAAGCCAUUUCCCUACGGCACGCAGCCGAUCCGCGGAGUCAAUCUUGGCGGAUGGCUUUCUAUCGAGCCCUUUAUUGUCCCGUCCUUGUUCAGCAAGUGGCCAUCCAGCGCCGGUAUCAUUGACGAGUAUACCUUGACUAAAAAACUUGGAACCUCUGCGGCGCGCACGUUGGAGAAACAUUAUGCCGAAUUCAUCUCCGAGUCAGAUCUGAAAGAAAUCGCAGAAGCCGGACUCGAUCACGUUCGCAUCCCAUACUCAUACUGGGCCGUGACUACAUACGACGACGACCCAUACGUCCCUAAGAUUGCGUGGCGCUAUCUUCUGCGUGUAAUCGAGUGGUGUCGCAAGCAUGGACUGCGAGUAAAGCUCGACCUCCACGGACUCCCUGGCAGUCAAAACGGCUGGAACCACAGCGGCCGGCAGGGCAGCGUCAACUGGCUGGAGGGCUCAGACGGCGAUCUCAACCGUAAGCGGUCCCUUGAGAUUCACGACCAACUCUCCAAGUUCUUUGCCCAAGAUCGGUAUAAGAACGUGGUGACAAUCUACGGUCUCGCAAACGAACCAUUGAUGUUAAAGCUUCCCGUCGAAAAGGUCCUAGAUUGGACCAAGGAGGCUGCGGAACUCGUUCGCAAGAAUGGUGUUACUGCAACUCUUGUCCUUCAUGAUGGGUUUUUGAAUCUCGCCAAGUGGGAUACUAUGUUCAAAUCUCGUCCAGACAACAUGUACCUUGACACUCAUCAAUACACUACCUUCAACACGGGUGAGAUCGUUCUGAACCACACGGCCAAACUCGACGUUAUCUGCAAUAAUUGGCACUCCAUGAUCAAGGAGAUCAACACGACAACCUCUGGAUGGGGUCCGACCAUUUGCGGCGAAUGGUCACAGGCAGACACCGACUGCGCGCAAUAUGUGAACAACGUUGGACGAGGCGCGCGAUGGGAAGGAACCUACGAUACCAGUUCCACAACAGCUUAUUGCCCAACAGCCGACCAAGGAACCUGCAGUUGUGCAGAUGCCAACAUGGACCCAUCCCAGUAUUCAGCCCAUUACAAGAAGUACCUACAAACAUAUGCCGAGGCUCAGAUGUCAGCCUUCGAAACAGCGAUGGGAUGGUUCUACUGGACCUGGCGGACGGAGUCAGCUGCCCAAUGGAGCUACCGCACAGCAUGGAAAAAUGGAUAUAUGCCCAGCAAGGCAUACAGCCCUUCUUUCAAGUGCGGAGAUACAGUACCGGACUUUUCCGACGCAUCGGAGAGCUUCUGA